UAUAUUGAGGUAGGAUGUUAGUACAGACUCGUCCUAUACAAAAUCAGCUAGCAGAACCCGCUUAAUGGACAUCGUGAAAACGAAAAAAGAAAGUGACCUUUCCGCACUGUUUAAUGACCUGUAUGACUUCAUCAAUGAUACAACAACAGAUUGGAUAAAAGAUUACUGCAAUAGCUACGAUUGGGACUGCCGGAUAAAGAACUAUCCUGAAGGAUUUCGAUGUCGCGUCAACAGCAGAUUGAUAGCACCCAUGGCUGCGAGUAGCUUUGAGUUCGAGCAAAUGAGUCAACUCAAACAACUAUAUGAGCAAGCAAGCCCUAACGUGGAAAAUCCUGGAUUUUGUUCUAACUCGGAGUUUACCGCAAAAUGUUGUUUUUGUCGAAAGAAAGGCAAAAGUGAUUGUUUUUGGCUAUCGACG